UCACAAACUGACAAAUGUACAUGUGAUUCCUGAUCCACGUUUGUUUUGCCGGUAAACAUUUCACAAGCAGACAGCCUUGUGUUCUAGUUUUAUUUCUCUCCGUUGCUUUAUCUUGUUACCAGAGACGGACAAACAAUCAACGAACACUGGAAAUUUACUUACAAUGUAUUUGAAAUCGUUUCCAGUUUUGCUGUGUAUAUUUUAUGUGACUGUUGUAUGCUCAGCAAAGAAACCUGUCACAAAGGAGAACUGUGAAGGUAGUCAUAGAGAUGCAGACAACCAAAUUUGUGACCUCAAAUAUGACAAACAAAUAGAUUUAACAAAGGUGGUUUUGAAGAAGCUGAAGGUGAAGGACUUGAAGAAGAUCUUGUCUGACUGGGGAGAGGACAACGCAUGUAAGGGAUGUGCUGAAAAAACAGACUUCAUCAAAAAAGUGGAGGAACUAAUGCCAAAAUACGCACCGGAGGCAGCAAAGCUACGAGAAGAAUUAUAGACCAACAUAUCACAUUCACACGAAUUUACAUCUUGUCCUGAAUGAGUGUGAUCAGAUUAUGUAUUUAUCAGUGUUUGCAUGGAAUUACUUUUUUUUCAUUUAACAUGAAGAAUGGGAGAGAUUGAGGAAAUUUAACUCACUGUUUAUUAAGAAUAUAGGGUGCAGAAGGUACAUUUUCUGUAUCAGUACUGAUAAUGAAUAUUCUCAUUCCCAUGGUAACUUAUUAUAACCUUCCACGACAGAAGUACAAAACCGUAGUCCUGAUUAAUUAAAACUGCAAAUGUUAACAGACUUCAUAAUGCAGAAGCAAACUUAACACCUUUUUGUGCAAAGUGUGUUAACUUUAAACUUCGGAACAGUAGAAAAAAGGGACAAAAUUUGAAAUAUUUGUUAUACAUGUAUUAUGUUCUAUAGAAUAAAGACAACGGAAAGCUUGUAGGUACAAUCUAUUUCUUUUUGCAUGGUUUUACAAAAUCUCGCAUUUCAACAUUGGGAUAAAUAUACUGAAAAAUUCUAUUUGCUUGUCAUUUUGGGAAUUUUUACUUUUUUUUGGUGGGGGGUGGGGGGGGGGGGUCAAUUUUCAGUACGGACAACUAAGGUCCUAUUUACCCAAACAGCUUGCAUUAGAUACUAAAACUGUAUGAAAUAUGCAAGUUUUUUUUUCUCUCUAUUUGCUUUGUCCAAUGGUUAGUUUUCUUUUAUGUCUUCUGAGCAAAGCAUAUUAAUUCACACUAAGUAUUUGUAGGCAAAAAAUAAUUUGAGUAUUUUUCAACUGAUAGAUACAAAAGUAUGUUUCAACUUUUCACAGAAGUGAUCUUUAUGAUUUUAGUGUGUGUAUGUAUAGAGCCAGUGUGGGUCCUGUUAUGUAAGAAUCUAGAUGUGCGAGAAGUCUUGUUGAAAGAAUUUAUGAAAGAACAAAUAUUUGAGAGAUGAGGAAAAAAUGCAUAUUGUGAAUUGUUAUAUGUCUUUGCGAAAUUGUAUUGUUAUUUAAACUACAAGUAUAGAAUAUGUUGAUGUAAGUUGUAACAUUUUUAGAGGCAUAAUGCUGCAUUUUGAAAGGAUUGUAACAUCAAUUUCAUUGGAUUUGUUAUUAAAUAAAGUAAAAAAUGUCA